GUUCGCAACAGCCUCAAUAGUCAUCGCGGCAACCGGAACCAUGUUUGGAGUGCCUAGGUGGCCAGGGCGCCCUGUGCGAAGCUUCCAGAUAGCCUAUACAGAUCCAAUUGGGACAUAAGGGGGACCGGCCUCAGCUCAUCAGAUCGCGACCCCGCUCUGAAACUCACUCGUGUGCCAUCCGCUUUGCCCGACCUCCGCCUGCCCACCAUCAAGAUACUUCAACCGGAUAGCUGGCUACAGCAAACAAUUCCUGCAAUACCUCGAAUUGGAGCAUUCUGCAAGAGCUCUCCCUGCAACGAACCCUACUUCUACUCUCGACAUCCCCUCAUCGACCUCCCAUCUCCCAACAACUCACAUCAAUCAACGCAAUCAAAUCAUGACUCGCUCCCACAAGUACACUGACCGCGACCACGCUGGUCUCGCCGACGGGACCGCUCACCCUGACGAGCAUCUUCCCCGCUACUUCGCCAAGUCUGGCCACGUCGAUAUGGACCCCAACAAAACCAAGAAGAGCGGCGCGGGCAAGGGCAAUUGGGGCCGCGAGGGUGACGAGGUCGAAGAUUACGGUUACAACAUGAACAAUCCGCGUCGCCGAAGCAAUUCGAGCACACACGCUGCCAAGGACUUCAAGACCAAGUUCGAGACCAUCGAAACCGAGCCCGUCUUCGAAGAGGAAGUACACGGGGCUAUGGGCGCUGAGCUCGACAAGGAGAGCACCGCCUCUAGCUCCAAGAGCGUCGAGGAAGAGGACGCCAGCAAGAAGGUGUAAAUCCCCAGGCCCCGCCCCGAAAGGGGAAGCCUGGGGGUUGGGGUGCAGGUGGCACACAUCAUUGAUGGCACAGAUGUCUCCAGCUGUGCGUGGGCUGGAAAGCUCGCUCAUUGUCACUUGGUGAUCAUCUCUUGCCGCAUAUGAUUGAUCAGAUGGAGGACUGCUUUGAUUUCCGGGCGAACAGUUACAACAUCAUGUACUAUGUGUUCCUUGGGAAUCUACUUUUCUAUGACUAUGGCCGCUGGUGGAACAGCAGCCAUGGGACCGGAUCGGGGUCGGCGUCUUCUUCAUCUGUCUUUCUUUCGCUGGGAAUCUUGCUUUGGACGCUGUCUUAUGAGUAUCAUGCCGAAUGAUC